GCGCUCCGCCCAACCGCCAGUUGAUCCUCUACCAAUCUCGUCCAUUCUGGGCUCGCAGGGGUGAUCUGAUCAUUUGUACCAUUUUGUUUCAGUUUUCCUCAAGUAUGGAGAUCCCACGAUGUCUGAAUAGUAUUAUAUAUGCCGAUCUUCUUGAUUACAAAAAUGGCUGCGGCCUGAUUUUGCUUGGUUAUUUCAAACAGUACACCGUAGACUAGCCUGUCCACCCCCUCGCCUUGCUCCCCCUGUGGUGUGGCCGCUGUGAGAGGUUCUUCACGGCUUUCAGUGACAAUGGCGGAGUGCAGCGGCCCAGACAGGCAUAGGGAUAGGGGCGGAUCCUGCUCCUUCACCAACAACCCGGCUGGGAAAAGCCAGGGAGCCCCCGGGACUACGGUCGGCGCUGGGGAAUAUUGCAGGAAAGUGCAGGAGUGGCUGUGGCAGUAUUACAGCUACGUGCAAUGGCAGAGCUGGCUCAUGAUGAUGGCCCCUCUCCCUCCCUAUUACCCCUUCGUCAGCGGCGGGGCCAGGCAGAGCGAGGGGGAGGCAGCCGCUGCUCCCACUCCCGGAGUUAACAAUCCCUUCCCCCUCUACCUCGGCGUUCCCACUGUGUCGCCAACCCCGGGUGAACAACCGCAGCAGCGGGAGGUGGCAACUGCUUCGGCGAGCGGCGUCAGGCUGCCAGCCACUAAUGCGCAGCAACAGGCAGCGAAUGUGCACCCGAGAGGACGUGAAUACACUAUUCCAUCUCUGAUGCAUCGGUUCCUUGCAGAGAUGGUAGAUUUUCUGAUCCUGUUUCUGCUAAAAGCUAUUGUGGUGCUAACAGUGAUGCACAUCUGUGGGAUCAAGGAUCUUUCCAAAUUUGCUCUAAAUUACAUAAUUGAAGAAAUUGAUGAAGACACUUCUCUAGAAGAUCUUCAGAAAAUGAUGGCUGUAGCACUGAUGUACAGACUCUUGGUCUGUUUUUAUGAGAUUGUCUGCCUCUGGGGAGUUGGAGGUGCCACACCUGGCAAGUUUCUGCUUGGGUUGCGAGUUGUGUCAUGUGACAGCUCUGUGCUUGUUGCUCCUAACCGGGUAUUGGUGAUUCCAGCACAGAAUGUCAGCAUAUCGUCGUCUUCAAUACGAGCAUUGAUCAAGAAUUUUUCAAUUGCCUUCUUUUUCCCCGCGUUCGUUACAUUGCUUUUCUUUCAACAUAAUCGUACAGCCUACGAUAUAGUAGCUGGGACCAUUGUGGUAAAGAGAAGUGGAGGAAGGUAAAGACUCUGCAAGUGACUAUAAUUUUUUUACUCUGGUCCUCCCAUUUGCUAAGUUCUGCAUUAUUCAGAAGGAGAAGAAAAGACCCUUCGCUGUCUUCACUCCAAAGUAAUGGAUUCUUUGAGAACUAAGUUGAAAAUGAAUACAUAUACAGUAAAGUACCUACGAGGAUUUACAGGAAUUGAUUUGGUCUUGGGAAUGAAUCUCCUCCAGUGCUUAAGUGUAGUCUUUAAAAUGUGUAUCUUGACUGACUCGCAGGUUCCACAUCAGAAAUAUGCAUAACUUUGAAAUUAAAGUCUCAAAAUCUUCCACAAAAAUUGCAUGGCUACAUUUGAGAAAUCUCAACUUUAAAAUUUACAAUUGCUGUUUUACUUCAGUCUCCUCGUCGUGACACUUCUAUUUUGUGUGUGGCUGCUGCUUUGGAAACUUCUGCUAGGGAAGAAAACGACUUGCAGCUGAUCAACUUGAAACAAUAACCAAGGUGUUGUUGAUAGCUGUCAACUUCCCUCUGGAAAUAUAACUGGACAGAUUGGAUUAGAGAAGAAGUUUUAAAUCAUGAAACCCUUCCACUAAAUAUUCAGAGGAAAAGCAGAUUUGAAAAGAGCAUACUUUCAAACCUACUUUGUUUUUAGCACAUUAAAGGUUUCAAUUGUUUAUAAAGUUGAUACCUGUUCUGCAAUAGUAAAUCCAUAUGCUCAGUAUUAGAAUUAAUUCUAUUCAGUUUGAUUCCCAAAGAUUAUGUAGGAUUUUUGAAAAAUAUACUUUGAGUAACAUGUUAUGACUCUUAUGUGCAAAUUAUAUUUUUAAAUGGAUGUUCUUGCAUACUUGUGAUUUGUUUUGUUUUUAAAAACAUUAUUAUUCUUUGCAUCCACAUUGAGUUGCUUUCAUGACUGAUUAUCUUGGCCCCUGAACCUACCACCUCAAUGUAACAUGACUUAUUCAGAAAACUCUUUACUACCGGUCAUGUGCUGUUUUACACAAGACAGCAUGUCGUCUUAUGCUGUCAUCAAUUACAAAUUCAUACCGAACUUUUUUUGCGUACCCAUGAUAUUUGAACUGGUGAUCUAAAACUCAUGGGUAGACUUCCAUUCGGUUUAACGUAAUAGGAAUUUGAGAGUAUCUGGAGGGCCACUCUCAGAUAUUUUCCCAUUUAAUGGUCUGACCAAAUUAUCAUUCAUGCUUGCCAAAUGCCAAUUUAUUCUGUUAGGCCCUAAAUGCUGUGACAAGGCAUACUGUAUUUUUCCCAGCAUUUAUGAUAUUUCCUGUUCACUCAUAUAAAAGUGUUAACUAACAUGUCUUGUUUAUGGAUAUGCAUUUAAAUAAUACAUCAUUGAGGUAU